CAAAAAUUGUCCCAGGUUGUUCUGACGUCACACACGGGAGCGAAAUAUGGGUGAUAUGUGUGAAGUGUAGUAAGAGAGAGCAAAAGUUUUCAAAGAAGUACCCCCAUAGCAUAAAAAAAAACUAACCGCAAUUGUGUGGUGCUAAAACAGACGAUAUUGUUGCUUUUUGGGUCAAUCCAAAAGGAAGAAAUCUGCAAAUUUUUCAUAUCAAACCAUUUUUAAAGUAGAUAUUUCUGUUUUUUUUUCUCUCAUCUUUUUCCCCCGUGUGUGUUAAUAUUAGUCCCGGGGAAGAAGAGACUUUACUACCGAAAGGAAAAGUGUGCGUGUAUUAUGUGUGGUGUUUUAGUGCAAUAAUAAAAUUGCGGGCGUGUGCGUGAUAUAUUGUAGCGCCAUUUUGGUGUUGCCAUAUUAGACACACACAAUCAAAAAAAAUAAAAAAGAAGUUUUUUCUUAAGGAGGGGGCGCUUUUUGGCAAACAAACACACAUCAAAAUAAUAUUUUAAAAAAAAUGUCCAGUGACAGCAAAUAGAAAGAGAAGUCUCUCGCGUGAGGCAGAGAGAUAUUUUGAAUCUAUUAUUAUUAUUAUUAUUUUUUUAAAUAAUUACUACUAUUAUUAUUGUUAUAUUUGUUAUUUCGUGUGUGUGCGGUGUAUGAUUGAAUUUGGGAGAUCAUGCAAGUGGCAACGUUAUUUCGUGAGAGUGCUGCAACACUUUUAGGCGCCACUGGGAUGAUUGAGUCACCCACAGCGCCGCAUUCUUUCGUGCCACCACCUAGUCAUCCUCCCAAACCACCGUCAGGCACGGAGGCGCCACCGUACACUUGCCUAGAUGCUUUGGGUGCUCACCAUCAGGUGCUGCCCCCUCAGGACAGUACCGCCUACAAAAUGACAUUGGAAUAUCAUCAUGCCAAAUCCAGUCCUUUCGCCCAAAAUUGUCCCUUGUCGCUGUCGCCCACAACAAUCAAGCACGAGAUGCCAGAUGAUGGGUAUGAGACAAGUGGCGGUGACGCCAUUACACCACGCAAUAGCCUAGCUCCGGCCAAAUGUGACCUCCAGCCAGCCUCAGAAGACCCGUACAACUUCAUCGACGAUGAUCUCAGUCACAUGAUGUCCUUCCCAUCACUCUAUGGUGCCCAGGCACCACCGGAUUUCUCACCAAAUCUCGAUAUUGGUAGUACACCGAAGAAACGGGGACGCAAGAAGAAGGUACGCGAUGAUCUGUCAACGGGAUCAGCAACAGCACCACCCAAAGUCCAGCGUGAACGCAAGAAGCACGAUAGAUUCAAUGGGAUGCCAGAGGAAGAAGUAUCCAAACGUACACUUCCUGAUCAUCUCACCAGCAAUCUAGAUAUCAUUAUAAUUGGCAUAAAUCCAGGCCUAUUUGCGGCAUACAAGGGUCAUCAUUAUGCCGGUCCGGGGAAUCACUUCUGGAAGUGUCUGUACCUAUCUGGUUUGACGGCUGAACAGAUGAGUGCUGAGGAGGACUAUAAAUUGCUCAAUUCUGGCAUAGGAUUCACAAAUAUGGUUCAACGAGCUACAAAGGGAUCAGCUGAUCUCACAAGGAAGGAAAUCAAAGAAGGUUGUCGUAUAUUACUAGACAAACUCCGGCGAUUUAGACCAAAAAUAGCCGUUUUCAAUGGAAAGCUCAUAUUUGAGGUGUUCUCUGGCAAGAAAGACUUCAAUUUUGGCCGUCAACCUGACUGUAUCGAAGGAACUAACACGUACAUGUGGGUGAUGCCAUCGAGCAGCGCGAGGUGUGCCCAGUUGCCACGUGCUGCUGACAAAGUGCCAUUUUAUGCUGCUCUGAAGAAAUUCCGCGACUAUCUGAAUGGCCUGUCGCCAGAAGCGGAUCUGGAGGAGCAGGAGUUUGUGUUCAGUGAUCCCAAGUACAAAGUGUGCUGUGAAAGUGAACCAAAAACUGACAGAUGUCUAAUUGACAAGGACGAUGGUGGGGGAGGAGGAGGAGGAGGGGUUGGGCAGGAGGUUAAAAAGAAACGAGGACGACCGAAAAAGGUACGUCCAGAAGAUGGAAUAAUGCAGACUACAAAGGUCAAUCCAAAGCGAUCAUCGCCAUCAAUUGAUGGUGGUAGUUGUGCCAAGAAGAAACGAGGAAGACCGAAGAAACUCAAAGAUAGUGGUGGGGGUGGGGGCGGGGGUGGGGGACAUCAAGAAUGCAAAAUGGAAUUUAGUUCACCGCCACCUAUACUUGAGGCCAUGCAACAGCAGCAACACAACAACAAUUCUGGCAGUUUCUGCAAAACCCCAACGGCCUACCAAUCACCCCAGAACUCACAGACAAGAGAUACAUUUUCUCAUUCUGAUCUGUCGUCUGAGAUAAGUGCUGCCAUCUCAUCGGAUCAUCUUGUUGACUCUCCGCCAGCAGCAUCUCCGCCUCUUGGACCGCCGCCAGACUUUGAACCUCCCGCUACAAUGCCCACCGACGAUGCCAGUCACACACCUGACCUCACAUUAAGUCCGUACUCUCCCUACACCAACACCACCAACGCCACCUACGCCCACGAUGAGCACUGGCGUGCAGUUAGAGAGCAGAGAGAUGUGUACAAGGUGCCAGAUGUCACGACAAAGAGUUUAUCUGGUCUGGAGAAUUUGGUGGAUCAAAUACCAACAAUGGGUGAUGUUGAUGGUAGUCAUCAUCAUCACCAUCAUCAUCACCAUCAGGUGACAAAUGGAACAAUUGAAGGUGGAGAUACGAUGCGUGGUGAUGAAUCAACAAACUAUCCAUCGUGCCUCUACUCAGACCGUGACUAUGAAUCAGUUUUUGCACCAUAUGGUGGUGCAUCAUAUGCUGCAUUUGCUGCUGAUUCAAUAGAUGUUCCCCCACCACCACCACCACCACCAGCAUAUGCUGCAUAUACAUCGGGUAACUUCGAUUAUACAUAUCCAGGACAACAUCCAGGAUUUGGUCCAACACCACAGGCACCACCAUCACCCCAGAUGGUUCUCAAUCCAAAUUAUGCUGCUUAUGCUGCAACAUCCUAUCCCCCACCGCCGUAUCCACCACCGCCACAGGCUCAAUCGACUGUCAGCUACCGACAUCACGCCUUCAAACCCGACAUCACCGGAUAUGGCGGCUUCUGAUAGUUCUAGUGGUUCACUCAUAGCGUCCUCUUGUCCUGCACCGCUGCUGCUGCCCUCUAUCAUUGAGUUCAGCAAAUACAAUUUCUUUUUUGUUUUUAAAAUUCAGUGACACAUUGCAAGCAGUACAAUGUCAUGAUAAAAGGAAGGUUUCUAACACUACUUAAUAAUUAAUUUAUUAAGUAGAAUUUUGAUUGGAUAAUAUUAUUAAGUAGGUCAUUAUUGGAUAAUUUCACUGUGCAAUGGUGAAAAAAAAUUGGGGUUUUGAGUACCUCUUGAACAUAUUUACCGAAAACACUUACCCCGUGUUUGUAAAGUUUCAAAAUGGGUAAGUUAAUUUAUUUAUAUUUCUUUUAAGUUUUUCGUUCCUCGAAAUAGAAUUAUUUGUAGAGAAAACAAAUUACACUCAAUCCUGGGAUUACGCAUAUGCAGGGGCUUUUAACUGUUUAAUAAAAAUGCAUUAACAAAUAGCAUUUUUUGGCCAGAAUUCUUCAAUAAAUGGUUAGAAUAUUUAAAAAUUUUACCAUAAUAAAAGAAAUUAAAGUUUUAUUUUGAAAAA